UAUACCGUGCUAAUCUGCCUCUGCCGAUUUAACAUAAUCUUCCGCGAGGAACGUAACGAUGCACGUUUCAGAGCUCAGUCUUUCACCUGCACGCGACGCGGAUAGCACAGCCGCCUUAUUCGCUCGCGAUAUUCGCUCGUGACAUGUGACGACAGGGCUAAUUCUGGCAGGUGUUAAUGAAUUUUAUCCAUGAACAUCACGCAAGAAACUAUUUUAAGAAAGGAAAUAGCUUGCAGCGAUAUCCAAUCAAGUGAAAGGAAUGUCUACCACAGACUUGCCUUAAGAAGAAACUUUAGCUUUAUCGCAAGUACCUUUUUACAAAGUUAUUUUUGUCGAUCGAGUACGAUCGACUUUAAUGUAAUGUAAUUUCAAGCAAAUAUUUGCGCAUGACACACGAUACUUGAGGGUUCUUGUAAUUGUUGAUAUAUUUUAUGAGCGCGCUAUAUUUUAUGAGAGACAUUUCGAUCAUUCAUUCGAUAAAUCAACAGAGACUUUUCUCCACGAGAUAUUACUCUUGCGAUGGGAUAAUAUAUUUCCCAUUUACAAGUUAUAUAUUUCCCACAGUCUGACUUAUUAUAUCAUAUUGUCUGCCUUGUAAAUUUAUUGCAGUUUUGUUUCACCGCGGCCCUGCGAGGAAGCGAUUUUCCGCAAACGCGGCAAACAAGCCAGGAUAAUAUCGUAUAAUGGAUAUACGGGAAUCGUAAGAAAAAAUUCCUAUCUUGUCUCGAAGAACACAUUCUAUUCCAAGAAUGGAUAGUACCAGUGAACAAACACCACUCGUGGAAGGGAGGAUAACAAUGCCCACGAAAUUGGCCUACGCUCUUGGCCACAUUUUCAACGAUUUAGCGGCUGCCAUGUGGUUCUCCUACACUUUGAUUUACCUUCAACGAGUGGUAUUGUUACAGCCUAUUAUCGCCGGUGGGCUUUUACUAUUGGGGCAAGUCGUCGACGCGGUGAUGACGCCCGUCUUCGGUUUCGUCGUCGAUCGCUACUGCAAAAAGAAAACUUGGCAUAUUCUCGGCUCCGUCAUGGUCACCCUGACUUUCCCCGUGAUAUUCGGCGGUUUCGCCAGUUCGUUCAGUUCGCUCGUCAUGGUCUUGUAUGUAACGAGCAUCGCGAUCUUUCAAACAGGUUGGGCGGCCGUGCAAAUCUCUCAUUUGUCAAUGAUUCCCUCGUUAACUAAUUCCCUCCUAGACCGAGCCGAUCUGACCGCGAUAAGAUAUUCCGCUCAAGUUAGCGCGGCCGUGAUCGUUUUCGUGGUCACGUGGAUAGUUCUACCGACUAAUGACGACUCGAUGGUUCAGUUGGAUCAACGAGACUAUUACAAAUUCAGAAACAUCGUGUUGGUUCUCACGGCUCUCGGCCUGACCGCGACAGCCUUCUUCCAUAUGCUGCUGAAAGCGCAUCUCUUGGAGAGGCCGACAAUAAGGAGGAAGGUGGACAUCGAUGGGGCUGAGCCCCAUCAACCGCCGCACCGCGUGGUGUCUAACGAAUGGACGCGCAUCACGAUUUUGCUGCGAGUUGCGAUGCUGUACGUGGCGAGCAGGUUGUUCAUCACCCUCGCCACGGUAUACCUGCCAUUGUACAUAGAAGAGACCGAAGUCGGGGGGAAACGAGCCUUGGCCACCGUGCCGCUCGUUUCCUACGUGUCCUCUUUCGUCGCCGCUUUACUACUUAAAUAUAUCAACAGAUGUUGCGGAACGAAGAUCUGCUAUUUUCUCGGCGCCGUAAUCGGUAUAGUCGCCGCCGCCGUCACGGAAUUCGUGGACACCGGCACGACGGCCGUGUACGUCGUCGCCGUGCUGAUCGGCGCGGGAAGCUCCAUCACGAUGGUCACGGCGUUGAGUGUGACCGCCGAAUUAAUCGGCUCCAGGACGGAGCGCAGCGCGCUCGUGUACUCUAUCGUCACUUUCCUCGAUAAGAUCGUCACCGGCCUCGUGGUAAUACUCAUCGAGAGAUGGAGAUGCAACGAUAAGGAAUUUUGCCCUACCUACAAUCGAGACACAUUGUCCAUAGUGUGCGCCUCGUCGAUGUUACUGGGACUGAUAACUUUGCUAUCUGUAUCUCGCUGUUUGACGUAAAGUAGCAGUAAUCCGUGACGUAAAUGUGUUGUGCGGCGGACGAGAAACAUUAUAACGUCUCUUGUAACACGUUCACUGCCUAAGAAUUUUUUAUACGCAUGUAUAAAUGUAUGCUAUGUAUCCAUGACCUACCUACUAAUGACUCAAAAGCAUGCUAAUUAUGUCUGCGUGUCGUACAAUUAAACCUCAUGUAAAAAAAGAAGAAAAAACUGCCAACGAACAUUAAAAAUAUUUU